AUGGCUUUGGUGCCUCAUCCAUCACCGCCGGGUGUCAUUGGUCUGCAGCCUGGUGCACCUCAUUUUGGACAGAUCAAUGGGGCUGCGCCGGUCGAUGCGCAUAUGCAACGCCAACGCCUUCUAGCGCAGUUGAAUGAAUCAACAUGGCAGAGAAUAGCGUCGUUGAACGAAUUACUUGGGGACCACGAGGGGGCACUGUUUGCAUAUGAACAAGCUCUCAGACACAACCAGUGGUCUACCCAAACCUUGAAUGCUAUUUCACAUAUUCUCCGGACAAAGGAGAAGUACCCUGAAGCUAUGGAAUAUCUUAAAAACAUCUUGAAGGUCGAGCCUGCCAAUGGCGACGCGUGGGGGAAUCUAGGCCACUGCUAUUUGAUGAUGGACAACCUGCAAGAGGCAUACACUGCCUAUCAACAAGCCCUUUACUACCUACCAAAACCCAAUGAGCCCAAGCUCUGGUACGGCAUCGGCAUCCUCUACGAUCGAUAUGGUUCCUUGGAACACGCCGAGGAGGCCUUCUCUCAGGUCAUGCGCAUGCAACCAGAUUUCGAGAAGGCCAAUGAAAUCUAUUUUCGGUUGGGAAUAAUUUACAAACAGCAACAGAAGUUCUCCCAAAGUCUCGAGUGCUUCAAGUACAUCGUCAACGAUCCUCCACGCCCUUUAAACGAGGAAGACAUCUGGUUCCAGAUUGGCCACGUGUAUGAGCAGCAGAAAGAUUUUGAAGCCGCAAAACAGGCGUACAGGCGUGUCUUGGACCGAGAUCCGAAACAUGCCAAAGUGCUACAACAGCUCGGCUGGCUGCAUCAUCAACAGAGUAACAGUUAUGCCAGUCAAGAUCAAGCCAUUGAGUACCUAGAACAGUCGGUCAGCUCAGUUGAAGACAACUCCGAUGCGCAGAGCUGGUAUCUACUCGGCAGAUGUUACAUGGCACAGCAGAAGUUUCCCAAGGCAUACGAAGCUUACCAACAAGCCGUUUACCGUGAUGGACGCAAUCCCACAUUUUGGUGCUCCAUCGGUGUGCUGUACUAUCAAAUAAAUCAGUACCGAGACGCACUCGAUGCGUACUCGCGCGCCAUUCGGUUGAAUCCGUACAUCUCGGAGGUGUGGUAUGACCUGGGAACACUGUAUGAAUCUUGUAACAACCAAACCUCUGAUGCUCUUGACGCAUAUGCCAGAGCAGCUGAGCUUGAUCCCACAAACAAUCACAUCAAAGCCCGUCUUGCCCUUCUGAGAAGCGGAGCAGCAACGGGGCCUAAUCAGCAUAAUGCGCCUGUCCCGCAAGAUGUCCAUCCUCAGGCAUAUCAGAACGGUGUUGGCGUUCCUCCUGGUCCUCAAUGGGGCGGACCUUCUUCCUCAAACCAGCAGCCUCAACAACCUCCAGUCGAUCCAGCUCGCGUCAAUGACUGGGCGCGAGGCAUUGCAGGCAUUAACCCGCCGCCGGGACAACAGUCGCAGACGCAAUCGCAGCCUCAACAACAGCCCCAACCACAGCCGCCGCUGCCGCCGUCGCAGCAACCACCGAACGGCUAUGAAGGACGCGAUUCUAUGAGAGCACCGCCCCCACGGGCUUCUAGUCCACGUCAGGACGGACCACGCCCGUAUGAUACAUCGCGCCAAACGCCGGUUCGCAAGUUGCAAUCGCCGUCGCCUAAGAUGCAACCAGCUAACCCAGGGAUGUUCCCGCCUGGGCCGCAGACUCUGCCGCAAAUCUCAAUGCAGGACCGUCCUCCAGCUUUCGGUAGUGGAAUCCGUCCGUCUCCAACGAUGAAUGGAGCACCGGCACCUCAUGCCAAUGGCAGCGCCUCGGGCUCAACCCUUCCACCAUAUGGCAGGCCUUUCAGUCCACCUAGUGAGCUGCGGCCACUUAGAGAUGAACGACCACAAUCCCCCGGUAGCGGUUAUCGCCAACAGCCAUUCCAGUCUAGCCAACCUUUUCCUAGCAUCACUAACGGCGUGGCGUCCGCCGCACCACCUCUUCCUGCUGUGGAGGGACCUCCUCGGGAUGAUCGCCCUCCCUCCGCUAUGAAACGGACGCGUGAAUGGGAGUCCGAUGGAGGACCUUCCAAGAAAAUUGCAAAUGAAGAGACUCGUGCACGUUUGGAAGAUCCGUCUCGUCGCAAUAGCCCUCCAGGGCGUUUACCUACUCCGAAGGACCACUACAGGCGGAGUUCAUCCGAGUCUCGUCGUGAGACUGAACGGCGAGCAAAUGAAAACUACCACCCCUCAGAGGCUGCGCACCAUCCUUAUACACAUCCCCAGCAGAUCCCGUCGAUGCAGUCAAUCUUGGAUACUCAAAAAGAAGACCGAAAAGAGCAGGUGGAGCAGGCAGCUCGUAAAGUCGACGUGGAUGAGGAUUAUGAUAAUAACAGUGAGGAUGAUAAGCGGGCUCCUCCCUCGGCAGCUCUGAGCAGCCCUCAGGUGGCAGCGCCUCCAUCAGUGACGCCAAAGCAAGAGAAUGCACCGUGA